CCCAAACGAAGGUGAACCGUGCCCGUGUCGCAAUCAUCAUCAUCAUCGCAACAGGCACCAAAGUGCCUUCUGUACCUUCCGAAGAGACGCACCACAAUCGCGGUGCGGUGGUGUUCCGCGAGUUCCUGGCAUACAUAGUUGUCUGUUUUUCCCUACCAAAAACACAACGGCAGUGUGUUAUCUUUCUUUGUGUGCAUAAAUAGGCGACUGCUACAAACAGAGACUAGAAAAAAAAACACAUUUUCCCUCCCUUUGUAACAUAACACAACAAAGGUGCGGCAUUACACGGGCCAACUUCAAUGCGUUUCGCUCGCUGAGAAUGAAACGUUCGCUUUCUAGCGGCGGUUUUCGCAAAACACGGGACCAUUCCCAGCGGUUUCCGAAGGUGGAGAAAGUAGUGGUCGAAGAGUUUCGGUGAUGCACACUCGGUGCUGGUGCAAGAAAGGAACUAGCAGGGGGUGGUGAGGACAGUAGCCGGGCGUAAACCACCCAACAACAACAGAAAACGGCAACUCCUCCAACAGUAGGCAGCCCAAAAUUGCUUUCCACGUUCCGCGUGCGGUGGUUAUUUUGCGCAUAGUGGACACGAACGAGACGGUGGGGGAGUCGGGGUUGUUAUUAGUUGUGUUAUUGCUAUUAGUUCGCUUUCGCUGACCGAAGACGAGAAAACGGGCAAGUGGCGAAUUCAUUCAUUUCGCAUCGCGUAACGCUAGUUUACGGAUCGCUCCGACGCAGUGCCGUUUUUCGGGAAGGAAAGUGAAUGCGUUUUAUAAAGGCUUUUAGCAGUGGAAGUAUAGCAAGCCAAGUGUAAAUGUUUAAAGAGCAUCGUAACAAGUGAUAAAACCCCGUACCCGUACAAACGGGGCAAGUAGUAGAGGGUGCUGUGUGAUCGCGUACUUGAUCAUCUGUCAGAUUGUGUUCUUUGCGAGAUAAACAACAUAACACGCUCGGUGUGCUAAGAAACCUUGCACACAAACACACAAGACCGCGAGGGACAAAACCCGCGAACGCCAAUUGUGACUAAUUUGAUAAAUAAACACACACAGCGUUGGGCAGUACUACUACCAUUCGCGUUUUUGCUACGUGCGAUUCUGACGCGUUUAAGAUAGCGACCGUGAGCGUUUAGCGGUUCGAACGAAAGAAACGAACGAACGGAAAGGCACGACGACGAUGUCGCUACGCGCUAUACAGAAGCGAGAUAGGGAGAAAUUAUCGUCCUCACAGCGGCAACAGCAGCAGCAACAGUUUAUCAGCCACCAGUGGAACAGCAACGAUGGCCAUGCUGGUGUUGGUACAAUACUGGCGGCACCGAAUGUGACACAAUUGACGGCAGCGGCCAUGAAGAUGACAGCUGCAACCGGCUGCGCUGAUGUAUCCACGGUCGUUCCCUCGGUUCAAUCGAUUCUACAGUACCAGCAGGCAAAGCGCAAACAAACCCAAGCUGCUUACGAUGUAGCAACGGGUCCGCCGCUGCCAGUAACGACCCAUGCACCGACCGUGCUCAGACGGUCCAGCUCGUAUCCGGCACUGUCCCGCAUACGUUCACGGCGAAAGCAGCAGCAACAGCUACGUCCGGUACGGUCGGAAAGUGACUUGAGUGCUAUACGUGAUCUACUCGAGGGUGGCAGCACCGACGCGGGUGAAGUAUUCAAUGGUGGUGGUGGUGUUGGCGUGCCCGGAAGUGGUAACAGUUUCAGCACCAACAAUCUCUACCUCGGUGCCAAAUCGGAGGUGUGUCUUAAAACGCUGGCCGUGAAAAACACCGUUGCGGUACCGUUUGUGAAACCUGGCGUAAUGCAGCAAUCACUACCAGCAGCUCCGGCGAUGGCCACCGGUGGUAGCAUCCGGAGCGCAUCCAGCAGCGGUGGAUCAGCGAACCAACCUGCCACGAAACGGCUGUACGAGAGCCGCCGUACAUCGGAGCUGAGCAGUAGCGAUUUCGGCACGAACAAAUCGGAACUGCAUCUGAAGGCGAACACCAGCGCCGUCCGCAUUCCGAUCGUGGGCUAUGAGGUUAUGGAGGAGCGUGCUCGCUUUACGAUAUUCAAGUUACGCAUUGAAAAUAGCAUUUCGCACACCUGCUGGUUGGUGCUGCGACGGUACACCGACUUUGUGCGAUUAAACAACAAGCUUCGGACGAUCUACCCGCACUGUAAUCUUGUGCUGCCGCGUAAGAAAUGGUUCGGUGACAACUUUAGCAGUGGCUUCAUCGAUAACCGAAUACAGGGCCUGCAAACGUUUAUCAACACCAUUCUUGGGGACGAUGCGAUGCGGACGUGCCAGGCGGUGCGGGACUUUUUCUGUCUCGACGAACCACCGUCUUACUCGGAGAGUAUGGAAGAAUCAAGGGUUAUCUUUGAGGCACAGGAAGAAACAAUUGCGCAGCUCAAGCAGCAACUGCAAGCCAAAGAGGAUAUGGUACAGGUGCUGCAAACGAAGCUUGCCACCGAGCUCAAUCGUAAUGCGAUCCUUACCAAUGUAAUACGGAACAGCGUGGAAAAUUGUGCCAAAUGUUCAAAGUCUGUUGAUCAGGUGAUGAAGGAAUCGGUCUAUAAAUAGCCAGAGUCAUUUGUAUUCUUCUUCGGUAAAUUGUCCACCAAACGUACAUCAUUACAACCGUCUGGCGGAAUUAUUGGAAGCUUUUCAAGCUGUUUGUCCGCGUACCAGCCUGUAAGACUGCGUCUGUCGAUAUUCAAAGUUCGAAACUUGUAUUGCAAAUAAAAAGAAAACGAAACAUAGAUAUUAAUAUAAAUGUAUACACGAAUGAUUUAAAAAAAAUACGCGAAUAUAUCGACGCUUUUUCUAUAAUCUAAAAAUUUUUGUUUGUUUUUU